AUCGUCCAGUGCGCGGCGGGCACGCAAUUGGUAGUCUUUUGGCACCAUGACGACAGCCUCACUUUGGGUGGUCACAAUGGUGGCAGUGAGGUCGCGGUGUGACACGGAUCAACAGAUUUAUAUAGCUAAAUGUAUGGUGGGGUGUUACGACGCGUCGCGUCGUGACCCCUGGUCGCGAUGCGGCCUGGUCGCGAGGUGGCCGGUAGACUUAGUAGUUACCCUCGGCGUCCUCUUCUGUGUCAGCCUCAUCGAUCUUGUCAACUUGGGAUCAGCCAAUAUCGCCGGCAUGGGCCAGGAUUUGCAGCUGGUGGGGGAUCGAUACGUGAGUUUACCCUUACUGAUCACAUCUUCCUAUGUGAAGACCACGACUCUGUCUGGCGCUGACUGCUGGUACGGGGGUUUUUAGGCUAUCGUUACGCUUGUGUUUUUCAUUACGUACACGCUGGGCCAACAGCCAUCGACAAUUAUUUUGCGAAAAAUGACUAAGCACAUUUAGAGCUCGUGAGAGCACAUGAAAGG